CUUGUAGCAAUCCAUAAUGGCGGAUCAUCAACGCGAGAUUGAAACAUUUGGAAGCAACGAUGACUUCUGGCUCUUCGGAUAUGGGAGUUUGAUAUGGAAACCACCGCCACACUAUGAUCAACGAAUCCCAGGGUACAUUGAGGGCUACGUACGGCGGUUUUGGCAGGCCAGUGAGGACCACCGCGGUACACCCGAAGCACCAGGACGCGUUGUUACGCUGAUUGAUCGUGCUCAUUGGGACACGUUGACAGACCAUCACGAGCCCACGGAAAAAGUCUGGGGCGCAGCAUACCACAUCCCCAGUUCAAAAGUAGCAGAAGUGCGCACCUACCUCGACAUACGCGAGAUAAACGGCUACAGCAUCCAAUUCACGCCAUUCCACCCGGCCGCACCGCUCACUACAACAGAAAUAUCCUUCUCACCACCACCGCCUAACCCUGAGCCUCUAAUAUCUAAAGGCAUCAAAAGGAGCAGAACAACUUCCAUUCAAGGCGAACCCAAUACCCCAAUCAGGUGUCUCGUCUAUAUCGGCCUGCCGUCGAAUCCGCAGUUCCUUGGUCCCCAGGACCCCGAUGCGCUGGCCCGUAAGAUUUUAGAGAGUAAGGGGCCGAGCGGAGAGAAUAGGGAGUAUCUGUUUAAUUUGGAGGGUGCGCUAAAGGGGUUGAGCCGUGCGAGUGGAGAUGCGCAUGUGAGUGAUUUGGUGCAUAGGUGUCGGGCUUUGGAAGCGCGAGGGAGCGGGCAGGGUGGAAGGGAGGAAGUAGCGCUGCCCAAAGGGGAGAGUAUAGAGGGGUUGGAGGAGGCUGAGAAGUGAGACAAGCUAGUUUGAUAUGACAGAGAUGAAAUUAUGAGAUCACAAUUCC